CCCAGCUGACAAGUGACGGGGCCGGGAUUAGAACCCACGACCUUUCCUCCGAGCCACGCUGCCUGGGAGACUCACCGGGAAUCCCGAUGAAGAGAGCAGAAGGCACCCCAGAGUUCGACUCGAGGGACAUGGGUCUUCCCACUCCGGCCCCAGAGAGCCGGUGAAACGCCGAGUGAGGAGCCAGAACUCCCGGGUCCCCCUCACCGGACGGGUCGCCGCCCCCUCAGGAGACGUCCAGUCCGCCUGACCUGGGGUCCCAGGAUCUCCGAAGUUGGGCCUCGAGCAGACCAGUGCCACCAGCAUCAUGUCCACCAACAACCAGCCUCAGGACAGGUGCAAGGCGGUGUGGAUCAUCCUCUUUGUGCUGGGCCUGGGCACCCUGUUGCCGUGGAACUUCUUCAUGACGGCCACUCAAUACUUCACCAGCCGCCUGCAGUCCGCUGAGAACGGCUCGGCGCUGGAGCGGAGCGGCGCCUCCGCCCCGGAGCCUCCCGGGGUGUCGUCCCCCUCGACGCUGGCCGGCGCCUUCAACAACUUCAUGACGCUCUGCGCCAUGCUGCCCCUGCUGCUCUUCACCUGCCUCAACUCCCUGGUCCACCAGAGGAUCCCUCAGCGGGUGCGGAUCCUGGGGAGCCUCCUGGCCAUCCUGCUGCUCUUCAUGGUCACCGCCGCCCUGGUCUGGGUCCCGCUCCUGCCGCUGCCGUUCUUCGUCCUCACCAUGGUCAAGAUCAUCCUCAUCAACUCCUUUGGAGCCAUCCUGCAGGGCAGCCUGUUUGGCCUGGCCGGCCUCCUGCCCGUCAGCUACACUGCACCGAUCAUGAGCGGCCAAGGCUUGGCUGGCACCUUCGCCGCCCUCGCCAUGAUCUGCGCCAUCGCCAGCGGCUCGGAGCUGUCGGACAGCGCCUUCGGCUACUUCGUCACGGCCUGCGGGGUCAUCGUGCUGGCCGUGGUGUCCUACGUGGUCCUGCCUAAACUUGAAUUCUUCCGCUACUACCAGCUCCAGGAUAAGAAUGAGUAUCGGGUGGGCGAGGGUCCCGGGGAGCAGGAGACCAAGAUGGACCUGAUCCAGAAAAGAGAGGAAUCUGGCCCCGGGGACGAGAAGGAAACCGUCGCCUCCGGAACCCAGACCCCCCUGAAGAGCGGCUCCAUGAUCUCCAUCUUUAAGAGUAUCUGGGAGCUGGCCCUGUCCGUCUGCUUUGUCUUCACGGUCACCAUUGGAGUCUUCCCUGCCGUGGCCGCCGAUGUGAAGUCCUCCAUCGCGGGGAGCAGCACCUGGGGGAAGUACUUCGUUCCGGUCUCCUGCUUCCUCACCUUCAACAUCUUUGACUGGGCAGGCCGCAGCCUCACGGCCAUCUGCAUGUGGCCCGGGAAGGACAGCCGCUGGCUCCCGGCCCUGGUCCUGGCGCGUCUGGUCUUCGUGCCCGCCCUCAUGCUGUGCAACGUCCAGCCGCGCCGAAACCUGCCCGUGCUGUUUGCCCACGACGCCUGGUUCCUCCUCAUCAACGCCCUCUUCGCCUUCUCCAACGGCUACCUCGUCAGCCUCUGCAUGUGCUUCGGACCCAAGAAGGUGAAUGCGACGGAAGCGGAGACGGCGGGGGCCGUCAUGGCUUUCUUCUUGACGUUGGGCCUGGCGCUGGGGGCCGUCUUCUCCUUCCUGUUCCGGACCGUCGUGUGACCCGCUCCGGCCCCGGUCAGGAGCCGGCGGGGGGGGGACCGUCCGACGGGCCGGCCUUCUUCUCCCUUUGGCCUCGGCUUGCCCCCCGAGCCGAACUCUGCUCCGUCACUGCCGCUUCCCAAGCCAGCAGAGAAGGGGUGAUGCGUCCCCUGCCCCCCUCCUCGGGCCCGGGGGACGUUGCGGGGGGCUGCCUGGGCCUCGGCGACCCUUCCUGUCCGGGGAGAGGGGCCCAACCCCGAAUCCAGUACGUGGGGGAAGGGGACGGGGAAGGCUGGAGCCUGGGCUUAAGGCUGCAGUGAUCUGCAAAGCUAAAAUGGACACCAGAUUCACCUCUGGGAAAGACAGUAUUCGUUCGGUCAAUCACUGAGUUUUUAUGUAUGUAUGUGGGGGGGGGGGGGCGUUCAUGCGUGCGUGCGUGUGUGUGUGUUUGCACAUGGGAUUGAGCAGGAGGCUUGCGAGCGUCCAGAUUUUCUUGCCAUAUCUCUCUCCCUGGACCGUGUUGGCCUUCCUGCACCUUCUGACCUCCAGCCUGAGUUUUCUCCCCCCGAAUCCCAGCCCUUCCCUGUCCCCCGCCCCCAUGGGUAAAUGCAGCUGUGUACCGUUGCCAUUUUAUUGCCUUUUUAUACAGUUCAGAGGCGGGGGGCCUCCCACCCACCCGGGGCCCUGCUGCUUGCCUC